CUAAGAUUAGCUAAUCCAUUAUCGCUCAACUAAAUUAAGUAUGAACCCAUCCAAAAAUAUCCGUAUCCAACUGCACGAUGUAUCUCCCAUGUCCCCGAUCAGUAAGAGUUGGGCUCUUUGAAACGAAAGCGAGCCAUACAUAUUGGGCCUCUUUUCCUUGAUACCAGAUACACAAUAGUAUUAUGGGCCUAAAAGCCUACGGGCUAACACAUCGUAGGAAAAGGCGGGCACGCUCUUCCUAAUUAUCCUCCCUGUGCCGUCAAACCUUCUCGGACUUCACCACACUCACACAGCUUCUUAUCUUCGCCGGAGUGCUCGGCCUGUCUCAGGCGGCGAUGUCCCGUCCGACCUCUUUCCGAUUUCCCUCUCUUCUUCAACCCGCAACCCGAUUUCUUUCCAUCGCAAUCCGGUCUCCCCUUCAGAAACCCCCAACUUUCCCUCCCCUCCAGGUUCAAAUUUCACUCCGCAGAACCAGAAAUCCCAAUCCUCACAGCUGCUCCGCCGUCUCCGACAGCUCACCCGUAGAGCCCUCUCCGUCGCCGCCGACCAUCGUAUUUAUCAAAGGACUGUCUCUAUCGACCACCGAGGCACGGCUGAAGACGGUGUUCUCCCAGUUCGGAGAAGUCAGCCGAGUGAAAAUCAUAGUGGACAAGCGAACGAUGGAGUCACUGGGAUUCGCUUAUGUGUGGUUUGUUAGCAAAGCGUCUGCGGAUCUCGCUGUGGAAGGAAUGAAUGGAAAGUUCUUUGAUGGCAGGUUCGUCCUAGUUACCAUUGCAAGGCCUGGUUCCUGCAAAAUCGACAGGAAUAGAACAGCAGCUCAUUUCAGGUUUUGAUUAUCAGUAAGGGUGUCCAUUCGGGUUCGGUUUUUCGGGUUUACCCGAAACCGAUCCGAUUAUAUACAUUUUCGGUUUUUCGGGUUUGGGUUUGUUUCGGGUUUUGGGUUUUUCGGUUUCAGGUUUGGUUUUGCUUAUUGGUUUUUUGGGUUCCGGCUAAAAACCUCCAAUGAAUAGAACUCAAUCCGUAUUCUUAGGCGUUCAGGUUUUCGGGUUUUGGUUUUGCUUUAACCGAACCCGAUAAGGAAUUUUCGGGUUUCGAGUAACCGGAACCCGCAAGUCCUUAUCGGGUUCAGGUUCGGUUUUAGUGGUUUUUGAUUUUGGGAUUUUUUGGGUUUCGGUUCGGGUAACCAAACCCGACCCGAACUGACACCCCUAAUUAUCAGCGGUGAAGGUAAGUGAGUUCGAUCAUCACGAGUUGUAUGGCAAUUAGGCAGCUCAUGUAUCCCAAUUCUAUCACUGCCACUUUAAUCCAUCGAUGGCUAUUAUCCUCUAUGUCUCUCACGACGACUGCAAUUAGUCAUUGUGUAUUCUUUCCAAGCCAAAAACACUAUUGUGGAUGCAAAGAAAAGCUUCAGGGUAGUUAGGACUUAGGGUUUAUAGAAAUGUAAGGUGUAACUGUGAACCUGCAGGAGAGAAAUGAUCUCUCCAGAGAGCUUUAUACUUAGCUGAAGAAGAGUAAUGUUCACGAAAACAAAAAAAAUAUUAAAUUGUGAAACUGUAAUUCAAAUACAGUCACGUGUCUUUAGUUGAUUGGCCUUACGUAUUUCCAAUGUAACGGUAAAUGUGUCGGAACUCCACAAUGACAUCACUUCGUUCUUCAAAUCAACUCAAUCCUGGGUUGAUAAUGUUUUUUUAUGUUGCGUCUUGGUUCUUUUCACUUCAUGAGCUGGCGAUCAUGUUACUAAUUCCACUGCUCAAGCUUUCUCUAGAUGACUAGAGAGAUGGAACUAAGAGUGACAUGGUAGUUGACAAACAUAUAUCGAGAUAGCUUGUUUGCUUUUUGGUUCAUGAACUUGUGAUAAUGUUACUAAUUCCAUGACUCGAGCUUUAUGUGGAUGCGUAGAGAUUUAACUAAGAAUAUUUAACAGACAUAUAUAUUGAGACAAGCAGGAUGUUGAUGAUGAAUCCGUAUGUUUUUUUUUUAUAGAAAUCUGCAUGGGAGAUGUUAUGCUCUGUCUGUAUAUAAGAACCGUGGUGCCCUCAAAACAGGAGGCCUGUUGGCCUUAGAAUAUACGACAACUUUGGAGUUACUCCCAGCUCUAUUCUUUAUUGUACUUGUGUGCCUCGAUCUCAUUUUAUAUGACUGAUCAAAAUGCUAGAAUCUUUACCAAGCGUUGGUAUCGUGGUGGAACAUUUGAUAAAUCAGGAGACCUCAUUGCAAUGUAUAACAACAUUUCUUCUUGCCUACUUCAUACUGCUCCAAAUUGUUAGAAGCUCAUAUAUUUGUUCUGUUUUUAGAGCUACUGAUUAUGCUGCUUCUAAUGAAGGUGGUGACCGUACGUUGGUUAACGAAUAGAGGAAAAUGAAAUGUUAAGUUCCAUGAUGCUCUAUCAAUACUACUGUUUUGGUGCAUCUUGUCCUCAACCUAGGAAAUGGAGGGUAGAAGGUUACAAAUGUUCAGUGGCUUUUGUUUUAUUUGUAAGAUAUUUUGGAUUUUUAGUUCAUCUAAAGACUUGGGAAGAAAUAAAGAUAGAUUUUCAAUAUUGUCCCAUUGAAGUCGUUCUUCUUGGUAACUACUUAGCCAAGUCUAGACUUACGGAAGGUGUUGAUGUGAUUUUGUUAGAAGCAUAGAAGUUUAGCUCUGCACCUGCUUUACUUGCUAAAUGAUGUUUAUUCUUUUUGGACAACCUUUUACGCUGCUUUCUUCAAAGAAAACAGCCUUGUGGGU